UGUGUGACUUGACUUGUGGCUACCUUUUUGUGUGUUGUAUAUAGGUCAAAGAACUAAAAUUAAUUUGAGUAAGGUUUAAUAACAAAAUAUAAAUUAUUUGUUAUUAAGUGGAAUAAAUUUAUUAUGUCAGAAAUAAUUACUGUAUCUUCCUCUGAUGAAGAAGAUGUCCAACCACCUCCUAGAAAGAAAAUCAAACCCAUGUUAGUUGAAGAAGUAUCUGUUAUUUCAAAAUCUAAUGGAAAGAAUACUUCAGACAUUGUUGUUCUUUCAGAUGAUGAUACUGAGGGCAAUAUUAAUAAAAUGUCUGUUAUUCAAGCACAUUUGAAAUUUCCUACAGAUGUGAAUCCUAUCGCAAUAUCUGAUCAAAAUGGAAUUUUGAAAAUUGAUCCUCAGUUUAAAGAAUCUAUAAUGGUUGAGGAUGAAGAGAAUGGAGAAAAAGAUGGCAUAACAAUUGAUGAAAAUAGUUCAGGGGAUUCAUCAGGAAAAGAAAAUAAAUCACAAAAUGAUAUACCAAAGAAUAAUGAAUUUAAUGAACCUACAACCACUGCUGAAAUUGCAACAGAAGACAAAUUAUUAGAAAAUUUUUUGAAAGUGUGUGAAAAAAGCAUUGUCAAUUCUCAAUAUGAACAUUUAAAAGAUAAACAGUUUUCAAUAUUAAGAAAAUAUUAUAAGAAAUGUGGUGCAAAGUUAAAUGAAUCUUCAAACUUUUUAAAAUUAAUGGAGGAGAAUAUGAUUAGAGCCGAAAAAUCACCAGCUACAGCAGUUAUCAGUUUUAAUGAAAUAUUUCAGUACGUAAAAGAAGUUGUUGAUACAGAAAGUAUAGAAGUAUCGGAAGAACAUAGAAUAAAAUUAAAAAAACUCGAGAAGGCAAUUAAGUUAUUAGUGAUGCGAAUAAAACAAUUAGAAAACUCUGAAUUAGAUUUUGAUGAUGAGGAGGACUCGACAUAUUUACAGUUAGAUAGAUAUAUAAAUAGAUUAAAUAAAGUCUAUGCAAAGUAUUGUGAACUUUUAAAGAAGAAUCCAUAUAGUGGUCGUAUUACAUAUGAAAAACUGGACUUUGUAGACUCGGAGUUUAAUGAAAUUAACAGAGCCAUAAGUAAGAAAUAUAAGAAUAAUGAGAAAUUUCCCAGCUAUUACGAAAUGGAAGAAUACAUAAGAAAAGUUGUAAAUGAUUAUAAUCUGAAUUUGUCAGAAACUAAAAUAAAGACGGAGAGUGUUCGCUGUUUUAAAAAAUUAGGAGAGCUUCUACAAAAUAGAAGAAAAAAAGAACUAUAUGAUGCUCAUUAUUUAUAUAUUAGGGAUUCUGAAGACCCUGCCAAUGUAGAUAAGUCACUUGAUUCUACUUUAAGGCACAAUUUUAAUGAGGGGCAAGUUAAAAUAGAAAAAAUUUGUGAGGAAUUUAGAAUUAAGGAGGAACAUGGUGAAGAGGCGGUGUUGAGUGAAGAAGAUUCUGAUAAAAGUGAAGAAGAUAGUGAAAAUGAAGAAAAUAGUAAUAACUAACAGUUCUCUUAUUAAUUUAUAUGCAGU